AGACCUGUGUGUCACGUUGGCCUACUUUAAAUAAGGAGAUAACCACAGCAUAGCUUUAUAUUGACCGUGCAGUGUGUGCCCGCACCCAUUUCAAGACGAGCAUCUCUCCAUUGAGGAUACUCGAAGAGUGCCUUCUACCCACUGCUCAGUUUCAACAGCUGCACAAUGUCACUCCUUUCAAAGAUAGGCUCCGAAGACACCUGUCGCUGGGUCGACUGCAGUGACGGCAAGGUUCCCGAGGACGCUGUGGCCGGAGGCAAGGACUCUGGUGAAACCCUUUUCGUUGGUAGAGCUGAACAUGAGGGUGACGCGCUUCCUGGAAAAGUUGUGCCGUCCCACAAGGUGUGCUACGUGGCGUACGGGGGAAGUGAACAUGCGAAGAGUUCGUACCAGGUACUCGUGCCUCAACAAAAGAACAAGUUUGACUGGAUCCCAGAGUCUGGCGGACGGCUUCCUCCAGACGCAGUCCUAGGAGGAAUGACAAAGAGCGGCGAGCCACUCUACAUAGGUCGGACGUCCCACAACGGGACAACAACCAAUGGCAAGAUCCACCGCUCGCACGGCUGCCUCUACAUCCCGUAUGGUGGACAAGAGCAUGCUUACCGAGAUUACGAAGUUCUUGUCUGCCGCCCUACUGAGUCCUGAGCUAACAACAAUGACGAGACGGAAUGAUUUGCUAGCUUGGAGCGUAAUAAACAGAAAUGCGUAGAGGUAUUCGCCUUAAAGAAC